AUGCCUAAAAUAAAAUCAAGUUUAAAAAGUAAAAUAUCGAAUUGGAUUGCUCCUUAUAAUGAAAAUAAAGAAGUAUUUUCAUCAGAUGGAAAGAUUAUAUAUUGUCUCGUAUGUGAAAAGUUUGUGUCUACUGAAAAAAAAUAUCUAUUAGAUCAUCAUUCCAAAACAAUUCAACACAUAAAUGCAUUACAAAGGAAUAAAGAAAGAAAACAGCAGAUUUUCAUUACUUCUCAACAUACUGGCAAAUCAAUUCCAGAUGAAAGUACUUUAAGAAAAAAUUACAUACCAAAUAUUUAUAAAAGCGUAAUGGACCAAAUAAUUAGCGAUAUUGGAAAUAAUUACGUUUACAUAAUUGUUGACGAGACAACCGAUCCAAGAGGUUUGUCUAUUGCUAAUUUAUUAACUGGUAAAUUAGAUGGGACGCCUAGUAAAUCAUAUUUAGUUGCAUGUAAAGAAUUAGAAUCCACCAAUUAUGAAACUAUUUGUCAGUUUAUUAAUUCCUCGUUAAAAAUAUUUCCUGGUAUUGAACAAAAAGUAUUACUUUUGAUUAGCGAUGCUGGUACUUAUAUGAUCAAAGCAGCAAAAACAUUAAAAAUAUUUUUUCCAAAAUUAAUUCAUAUCACAUGUAUGGCACACGCAGUUAAUAGAGUUCUAGAGAAAAUUCGAGAAUUGUAUCCAGAUAUAAAUAAAUUAAUUAACAAUGGAAAAAAAGCUUUCCUAAAAGCACCAUCGAGAAUAAAUAAAUACAGAAAAGAAAUGCCGGGUAUACCUUUACCACCCGAAACUAUUAUUUCAAGAUGGGGAACAUGGUUAAACGCUGCACUUUUCUAUGCAAAUAAUUUUGAAAAGUUUAAAAACGUGAUUGAAAGUUUAACAGAUGAUGCUUUAAGUGUCGAAAAGCUGAAACUGCUUGUACAAGAUAAUGCAGUCAAAUGUGAUUUAGCAUUCAUAAAAUUACACUUAUCUGAGUUAUGCACGAAUCUCAAAAAUUUGGAAGAAUCUAAUAGUGAACUACUGAAAAGUAUGGAUAUUUUUAGAAAAAUUGAAGAUAUUUUAACAAAUAUUCCUGGUCCAUAA